AUGCGGAAGGGAAGCGUUUUGAGAUCUGAUGGGACAGAGUCCCCAAUACUUGAAGAGGCUGAUUCAAGUGUUGCGGCAGAGCAACGCAAACCAGCAGUAAAAUAUGGUGAACUGGUUAUUUUAGGAUACAACGGCUUCCUUCCUCCUGGUGAUCGAGGACGAAGAAGAAGUAAAUUUGUAUUAUAUCAAAGACCGACACCAAGCGGGGUGAAACGUUCGAAACAUUAUGUUGUGAAAACUCCUCAUUCCUCACAAGCUAUCUUGGAUUCAAAACAACAUUCAAUCUCCUACACAUUAUCCAGAAAUCAGGCUGUUAUUGUGGAAUACAUGUUAGAUCAAGAAACAGACAUGUUUCAGAUCGGCCGAUCUUCAGAAUCUCCUAUAGACUUUGUUGUGAUGGACACCAUUCCUGGUGAUAAAAGUGGUGAUAAUAAAGUUCUCCAAAGUACAAUCUCACGAUUUGCUUGUCGAAUACUUGCAGAUCGCUCUAAUCCUAAAGUUGCUCGCAUUUAUGCUGCUGGCUUCGAUUCAUCUCGAAAUAUAUUUUUAGGGGAGAAAGCAACAAAGUGGCAGGAGGGCCGCGAGAUUGAUGGUUUAACGACUAAUGGAGUGUUAAUUUGGCAUCCAAGAGGUGCCUUCUGUGGUGGUGAGGCUCAGCCAGGCCUUUGGCGUGAGGUGUCUGUAGGAGGCGGUAUUUUCUCAUUACGCCAAUCACGUUCUGCUCAACAGAAGGGUGAAGUGGUAGAGGACGAAACAAAUGUGCUUCGGGAUGGUACGUUAAUUGACCUUUGUGGUGCCACAUUGCUUUGGCGAUCUGCUGAAGGGUUGGAAAAUUCUCCUGUAAGUAACUUUCUCAUGGCUUGUGCUGAGAAAAGAACAAUAAUUGAUUAUGAAUGGCAGGAAGCAUGUCACAUUAUUCAUGUGAAUUGUUUAUGGCUAGUUCGAAGAAAUACUGUUGCUGGAGUAACUGUAAGUAGAAAACCAAAUGUGAAUCAAUUGCCCAUAAAAUUCCCUAAGAAGCUUCAAGGUGCUUAUUGGGAAGGGGGUACCUUAAGACUUUUUGAGAAUGAGGCUGAGUGGGCCGGGAGGUCUCCUUGGCCUUUGGGGUGGAGUGCCCCCUCUGGGACUUAA